AUGGGCACCCCUCGAGCUGCUUUGACAAUAGCAGCAUUGGCCGUGGCCAUAGCCCUUCUCGCAAACCACCUCUACCCGGCCAAUGAUCAAAUAAAACGAUCGCCAACUGUCCACGACUCAUCUCGUGACAUCACAUAUGUUGGUAGCGUGUUGGGUGAUGUUGAGCACUUCCAGAAUAUCUUCUACGGGGAAGAACCCACUGGCCCGCGACGAUUCGCGCCUCCCGUUCCCGUGAACCCACCCAGGGGAUCCAUUCUCGAUGCUACGAAGGCUGGGGCUUGGUGUCCUCAAGGCACUGGGGAUAUUCUACCUUUUACUAGUCGAAUAACCAACAUUAGUGAGAACUGCCUGAGCUUGCGGAUUGCCCGAUCGAGGGGCUCAACUUCAGACCGGAAAUUGCCUGUGGUUGUUUAUUUACAUGGAGGUGGUCAUGCAUUAGGGUCUGCUUUGGAGAUUCUGUACACUCCCAAUGGGCUCAUCGAAGAGGCUUCUGCGAGUGGGAAACCGUUGAUUUACGUUGGAAUCAAUUAUCGACUAGGCUUAUUUGGAUUCGCAACCAGCAAAACCAUGAUCGAGAAGAAGCAGACCAAUGCCGGCUUGCGAGACCAGCGUGCUGCAUUAGAGUGGAUUAGAGAUAAUAUCGAAGCCUUUGGAGGAGAUCCAAACAGAGUGUUGGAGCCAGUGACAUUGGCCCUCCACUUGGUCUCUUACAAUGGCACACGCGGCGUUCCCUUUCAACAAGCCAUGAUGAUGUCUGGUGCCCCAGGUCUAAACUUCAAUAGUGAUCCAGCCCAUGUCACCGAAAACACCGCCUCCAUCGCUAAAGAAGCCAACUGUGUCUCGAACGAAGACGCUGAGUCUCUCGAGACCUUGGAAUGUCUCCAACGGAUUCCUUUCGAGGUUUUAACCAACCUCUCCGUAACGGCCUCCCGUACAGCCCGACCCCCGUUCGGCGAAGGAUUCUUUUACCCUACCAUCGACGGUGACAUCCUCCCAGGACGACCCUCCGAGCUCCUCCGCGCAGGGAAAGUGACCACGAAUAUCCCAUUGAUGGCGUCCUGGGCUACGAAUGACGGAGCCUGGUACGCACCUCCAACAACAGCCACAGAUAAAGAUGUUCUCGCCAGUUUCGGUCUCUGGCUAUCUGGUCUCUCUGAGUCAACGCAAAAUACUCUCCUUGGCCUCUAUCCUCUUGAAGAUUUCACAUAUAUCCAGCGUCACGUAGAGGCUGGAUUGGAUAUCUCACCACAGUAUUAUCGCGCAGCGCAAAUAAAUCGAGAUAUCUGGUUCACAUGUCCAGUCCUCGAUUUUACAUGGAAUUGUGUUCAAAAGCAGCAGCACAGCAAAGACGAGGAAAAGGAAUCUUCCGGUGGCUCUGACUCUCCCAAGGCCUGGCUGUACGAGCACAACGCUACCCGAUAUGCACCUGUAUACAAAUUCAUGGGCGUACCAAUGUGGGGUGUUGCGCAUCUGAGCGAUAUCCCAUACGUAUUCAACAGCAAGGAAGUAAAUGCCGGAGCAGAUAACUCAGUCGAGCAACUCGAGUUAGCUCGGAAAGUCAGUCGGAGAGUAAUCGCGUUUGCGUAUACUGGGAGUCCUGAGGACUCCGAGUCGGGGACAGAUGCAUGGCCUGUUGCGUUUGAUGAAAAGGAAAUUCGAAAAGGGAAGAACAAUCCUGAGAAAAUGUCGGUCCAGGUUUUUGGGCUGGAGGAAGACUUGGAUGGAGCGGUUACUAUUUCUCGUGGUGUGGAACCUGUGAACCAGUUGGAAAGGGCUAUGAAUUGGGAAAAGCUCUUUGACCGGUGUGAUUUUAUUAAUAGUCCUAAAAUGAGACGCGAAUCUGGUGUUUAG